GAUCUAUGUUUAGUUCAAUUUCACAUCCAAAUCUGACUCUUUGGUUGCUACCUUCAACCUUGGCCCUUCACCCACCUUCACAUUCCAUGCCACUGUUUUAGGCAACACCCUUUUGCGUCUUCACAUUCUGUCAACCAGGAUCAAGGGUGGCUGAGAUACAGAGUAAAACGAUAGUGGAAUAUUUGUUAGAACAUGAAGCAUAAAGAUGGAAAACCGAUCAACCUCCCAAACAAGAACCGGAAGGUGACCUUUGUAGCCACCUUAAUUGCUCUAUGUGGCCUUUCUUUCUAUCUGGGAGGAAUCUUUUGUUCUGGAAAGGAUGGGGUUGAGGUCAAAACCAUUCAGAAGACCGUUGAUACUCCUAAGCAAACCUCAGGUUCUCUGCUGAUGAGGCCUAUCAGUUUCCCUGAAUGUGGCUUGGACUAUCAAGACUACACCCCAUGCACAGAUCCAAAGAGGUGGAGAAAAUAUGGCCUGUACCGGCUUACUUUGUUAGAACGCCAUUGCCCUCCAAUCUUUGAGAGGAAAGAAUGCUUGGUUCCUCCACCAGAUGGAUACAAGCCUCCAAUCAGAUGGCCAAAGAGCAGAGAUGAGUGUUGGUACAGGAAUGUGCCGUAUGACUGGAUCAACAAACAGAAGUCUAACCAGCAUUGGCUGAUCAAAGAAGGGGAGAAAUUCCUGUUUCCAGGUGGGGGUACUAUGUUUCCCAAUGGUGUUGGUGAAUAUGUUGACAUGAUGCAAGGACUAAUCCCAGAAAUGAAAGAUGGGACAGUGAGAACUGCCAUUGAUACUGGUUGUGGGGUUGCUAGCUGGGGUGGUGAUUUGUUGGAUCGGGGGAUUCUAACAGUUUCUCUUGCUCCAAGAGAUAACCAUGAAGCUCAAGUUCAGUUUGCUCUAGAGCGUGGUAUCCCAGCUAUUCUUGGUGUCAUUUCUACACAGAGACUUCCUUUCCCGUCAAACUCCUUUGAUAUGGCUCAUUGCUCCAGAUGCCUUAUCCCAUGGACAGAAUUUGGUGGUAUUUAUCUCAUGGAAAUACACCGUAUUCUUCGUCCUGGAGGAUUUUGGGUUUUGUCUGGUCCACCUGUGAACUACGAGCACAGGUGGCGUGGGUGGAAUACAACUGCUGAGGAGCAAAGAUCAGAUUACAAUAAGUUGCAGAAGUUACUCACUUCAAUGUGCUUUAAAUUGUACAAUAAAAAGGAGGACAUUGCUGUAUGGCAGAAGGCUAAAGACAACAGUUGCUAUGACAAGCUUCCUAAAGAGAACUACCCACCAAAGUGUGAUGACAGCGUUGACCCAGAUUCAGGAUGGUACACUCCACUUCGUGCUUGUUUUGUGGUUCCAGAUCCAAAAUAUAAGAAAUCUGUUCUCACACACAUGCCUAAAUGGCCUGAACGGUUGCAUGCUACCCCUGAAAGAAUCGAAACUGCUCAUGGUGCUAGCACAAGUGCUAGUAUUAGUACUUUCAAUCAUGACGAUGGCAAGUGGAAAAAACGCAUUCAGCACUACAAGAAGUUGCUGCCUGAGCUUGGCACUGAUAAAAUAAGAAAUGUUAUGGACAUGAAUACAGUGUAUGGAGCUUUUGCUGCAGCCUUGAUCAAUGAUCCCCUGUGGGUCAUGAAUGUGGUAUCAUCUUAUGGUCUCAACACACUCCCUGUGAUUUAUGAUCGAGGCCUUAUUGGAACCUUCCAUGACUGGUGUGAGGCCUUUUCAACCUAUCCUCGAACCUAUGACCUCCUUCAUCUUGAUGGAUUCUUCACUGCAGAAAGCCACAGAUGUGAAAUGAAGUAUGUGUUGUUGGAGAUGGACCGAAUUUUACGACCUGGUGGCCAUGCUCUCAUUCGAGAGUCCAGUUAUUUUGUGGAUGCCAUUGCUACUAUUGGCAAGGGCAUGAGAUGGCUAUGUCGGAAAGAAAAGACUGAGUAUGGAGUUGACAAAGAGAUGGUUUUGAUAUGCCAGAAAAAGCUAUGGCAAUCAUCCAACAAAGGAUCAAGAUGACAAACUCUGAAACCAGUGCAGAGGUGAGGUGGGUGGCUAGAAUCGUAAAUCCAGAAGCAGAAGCUAAGGGAACGACUUCAGAGCCACCCUCGACAAAACAUUGAUUCAUUCUAUAAUUUAAGUCAAGAAUCGGUCAAUUUCAUAUUUAUGAGAUGAAAAAUUGGUAACUCAAUAAUCUGAUUUAUUAAGUUAAUGAUAUAGAAAAUUUUCAUAUAGAUACUAUUCUUUAGAUGGCGUCAAUUGUAUGAGGUACCUCUCGAAUAUCUAUCUACCUUUUUUUGUUGUUGUGUAAUAUUCAGUGAAGAAAUGGAAGUUUUAAAUCCUACACUUAUACAUGAUUUGGAUUUCCUUACCAGAGAUAAUACAAUGUACUGUAUUAAUAA